CCUCAUUGCUUUCAAUGUUUUAACUGAAAAAUUGACUGACUUGAGUUCCCACCGAUAGCUGUAGCCAGGAAGGAAGAGAGUUCCUCUUUCUGGUUUCUCUUAGACUUGUACUCGUCCAACAGCAUGGGCAUAUUAGAAAGUACGUUUUGACAGAUUUGGGUAACUUAAUCCAAGAUGAGAUGCACGAAAGCGGGAUGUUCACCGUUUUGAGAGAAGAGGUGACUUUAUUUUAUUCCUUCCAGAAUAUAGUCGGAUGAUCUGCACCUGGAUUUGAUCAACUAAACAGUUGGUAUCGCCGUCGGAACGCUGCCUGGUGUCAAUGUGGCCGAAAGAGAGUAUGAGAAGGCACAGCAGUCACACCUGCAUUUGAAAUUGGCUCCACGCGCAACAACGAGAACAACCUGUUGAAAUGGCCGCAGAAACAAGGUACCCGUCGCGACGACGCUCGUCACGCCAAACCUCUCAGCAACAGCAAAAUGUAUCAGAGUCACCUGUAUCCAUGCCAGCGGCUGCCGCACCCAUGUCACAUAGAACUCGUUCCAAUAUUACCCAAUUUGCAACUCCAGCUGCCCCAUCGGUACUGACCCAAUCACCUACAACACCUCGAUCUGUGAAUCACACAGCGGCAGAUCCAUCCGUUGCUUUUACAAACGCCUCAAAAGAAGAUUCUACAGCCCCAUAUGAAGAGCAACCCACGGUAGAUCCUAAUCUGGCUUCUACUUCAGAGUAUCGGCGCGCAGACAAGAAUAAGAUAUUAUGGUAUGCCACACCACCUGUCAAUAUUACACCAUUACCACAGCCAGUACACAGUGCCAAGUAUCUCUAUUGGAAACGUAUGCAGAAUCAGCAAGAAGCAACGUAGACAGCACAUAAGCCAAUACCAG